AUGGAACACAGCACCAACAAAACACAGCACCAAAUGAACACAGCACCAACAGAACACUGCACCAACGGAACACUGCACCAACGGAACACAGCAUCAACUGAACACUGCACCAACAGAACACAGCACCAACAGAAUACUGAACCAACAGAAGACUGCACCAACGGAACACUGCACCAACGGAACACAGCAUCAACUGAACACUGCACCAACGGAACACAGCACCAACGGAACACAGCACCAACGGAACACAGCACCAACGGAACACAGCACCAACGGAACACAGCACCAAUGGAAUACAGCACUAAUGGAAUACAGUACCAAUGGAACACAGCACCAACUGAACACUGCACCGAUCGACCACAGUACCAACAGAACACUGCACCAAUAGAUCACAGCACCAAUGGAACACAGCACCAACUGAAAACUGCACCAAUGGUACACAGCACCGAUGCAUUGCCUAACCGGCGGAGUAAAUCCAUCAAGUGCCUGAACAAACUGGGAACAGCGGCUCCUGCCCGUCCCCUCUCUCCCACUCUGUACCGAGGUGAGGGCUCCGGGACAGGCGGCAGGGGCGUCUGGACAAGACUCCAUGUCCGGGCGAAAGGACCGGCCGAGGCGAAGGCAUGGAGCGACUGGGGGACAGGGGAGGGGCCAUUCUCAAGAGGAGAAAGCUUCAUCACCAAGCAUUCAGUCUCAACUCCCUUUCCACUUCGCAGGCCAGCAUCAUCAAAGGAAGCUGAGAGAAAAAACCCCGCUUCUACACCACUGUCACCAUCUGAUUUCCUCGACAAACUCAUGGGGAAGACCUCAGGCUAUGAUGCACGCAUCCGACCAAAUUUUAAAGGUCCACCAGUGAACGUCACCUGCAAUAUUUUCAUCAACAGUUUCAGCUCUGUGACAGAAACCACCAUGGAUUACAGGCUCAAUGUGUUCCUACGGCAACAGUGGAACGACCCCCGUCUUGCGUACAGUGAGUAUCCCGAUGACUCCCUUGAUCUUGAUCCCUCAAUGCUAGACUCCAUCUGGAAGCCUGACCUGUUCUUUGCCAAUGAGAAAGGAGCCAACUUCCAUGAGGUGACAACAGACAACAAGUUACUGCGCAUCUUUAAGAACGGCAAUGUCUUGUACAGCAUCAGGCUCACCUUAGUUCUCUCGUGUCCCAUGGAUCUGAAGAAUUUCCCCAUGGAUGUUCAGACAUGUGCCAUGCAACUGGAGAGCUUUGGCUACACUAUGAACGAUUUGAUAUUCCAGUGGCUGGAGGAGGGGUCUGUUCAAGUUGCAGAGGGUUUAACGCUCCCACAGUUCAUCCUAAAUGAUGAGAAAGACCUUGGGUACUGCACCAAGUUCUACAACACAGGCAAGUUCACCUGCAUUGAAGUGAAGUUCCACCUGGAAAGGCAAAUGGGCUAUUACCUCAUCCAAAUGUACAUUCCCAGCCUGCUCAUUGUUAUCCUGUCCUGGGUAUCCUUCUGGAUCAACAUGGAUGCUGCACCAGCCCGGGUCGGUCUGGGCAUCACCACCGUCCUCACAAUGACAACACAGAGCUCGGGCUCCAGGGCCUCGCUACCAAAGGUGUCCUACGUCAAAGCCAUCGACAUUUGGAUGGCGGUGUGUCUCCUGUAUGUCUUUGCUGCUUUACUUGAAUAUGCCGCAGUCAAUUUUGUGUCACGACAGCACAAGGACUUCAUAAGGCUACGGAGGAAGGAGAGGCCACAAGGGAUCGAGGCGGAUGUGCAGGGGGGAAACCGCUUCUGUUUCCGUGGCUAUGGCCUGGGUCACUGUGUACACGUGAGGGACGGCGCAGAGCUGGAGGGGACGAGCCCGUUUAAAUCUCCACAGCCCCCACCGAGGGACACAGAAUCCAUCCGACAGAGAUUUGUGGACAGGGCGAAGCGGAUUGACAGAAUCUCCCGAGCAGUUUUCCCAGUCACGUUCCUAAUUUUUAAUAUUUUUUACUGGUUGACAUAUAAGAUCAUCCGGCAACGGGAUAUUCAUGAGGUUUAA